AAGGGGAGUGACGCAGUUAUUGUAGAUCUGUAGAUACUCCAUGCUUUUUUUCACAUGACCUGAAAUAACAUUUUUUAUUUCAAGCCGUGGACGUAAAAUUCCUCAAUAACACAGGAAACGAGAGGGGUUCCCGCUGUCAUCCGGCGGGGGGGGGGCCUGUAUGUCGAAUCUCUGCGCCCCUUGAAUUUGGAUGCCAUUCCGGUUGGAGGUUGCGGUGGACCCCGAGGACUAGAUGCGAUAACCAGGACGAGAUAUGCCGCAGCCGAAGUCACGAAAAAUCGCCAUCCUCGGGUACAGAUCCGUAGGAAAGUCCUCUUUGACAAUUCAGUUUGUGGAAGGCCAGUUCGUCGACUCCUAUGACCCCACAAUAGAAAACACGUUUACCAAAAUGAUCACGAUAAAUGGACAAGAGUACCAUCUUCAGCUGGUAGACACAGCAGGGCAGGAUGAGUACUCUAUCUUCCCACAGACUUACUCCAUAGAUAUCAACGGUUACAUUCUGGUCUAUUCAGUUACAUCUAAUAAAAGCUUUGAAGUUGUACAAGUUAUCCAUGAAAAACUGUUGGACAUGGUGGGAAAGGUUCAAGUACCAAUUAUGCUUGUCGGAAACAAGAACGACCUACAUAUGGAGCGAGUGAUCAGUUGUGAAGAGGGAAAAGCGUUAGCCGAAUCCUGGAACGCUGCCUUCAUGGAGUCCUCAGCUAAAGAGAACCAGACGGCCGUGGAGGUUUUCCGGAGGAUGAUCCUGGAGGCAGAGAAGAUGGACGGCAGCGUGCAGCCAGGAAAAACAUCCUGCUCCAUGAUGUAGAGCCGCCCAAUCAACACACAGGACACUGCACUGGGAUAUCCCGUUACUUGAAGGCUAGCUGCCAGUUCUCCUCCACCUCAGCUGACUGCACCCCCCAGGGUCCUAAAUAUCCAAUACUGUCUAUUUAUGGCUCUGAGUCCACUGUUAUUUAUCAGUAUUUCCUAUUCCCUUUUGUCAUCCUGGUUUUUUUUUUGUGUGUUUGAUUUAAAAAAAAAAAAGAAAAAAAAAAAAGGAUGAGUGGUGUUUCCCUUGUCUUAUAUUUCCCACAAUCCACCCCUCCUCUAUGUCUGUGCUCAGCACUGAUGCAAAACACAGAACAUCAUAUGGGUGUAUCAGAAAAAAAUGUUUUCCUGUGCUCAGUAAUGAUGACAACCGUAACUAAGACAGUAAUGGCUUGAUGCAUCUUAGCUUCUCAUUAUACAGCUCAUGGUUUACGAGCCCUUAUCUGUUUAAAUAACACAAGAUAGGAGAAGAAGAAGAGAAAUGUCAUGUCUGCCAUGCAUACACUCUGAAAAUGGUUAAGUAAACACAGACGUUUCUUCUGAUACAUCACCAGCUGUUUGGUCACUCCAACAUACAGCUCUUUUUCUACUUCAUCUCCACGCAGUACCCACAUCUCUGUCCCUCAGUUUGUUUUCAUAGCGGUUACCGUCAGCCAAAAGAUCUGCAUCCAUUUUCUAAUGUUGAAAAUGUUGUACAAAUGUUUUUGAUUGUAAUCAUUAAAGCAAAAAGUGGUUAUGUAAAGCAGGCC